AAUAAUGAGUUGGGAAAAAAGAAACGAAGAUGAUACAGCUUAUUCUUGGUCUCUUCGCUCUGUUGACACAAAAUUUCAGUGAUUGGAGACUUGGAGAGACGCGGACAUUAACUUGAUCCACUAUAUAAAAGGACGCAUCAAUGGUCAAUUCCAACCAUUACCUCCUGAAAAGCGAACAGCUUCGGAGGUAUCUCCAGAAUACUGCCUUCGAAAAUGAAAUUUGUGAUACUUGCCUCAUUCCUCUUAUGUACAACUGCAAGUUUAGCAGAUCAGCCUGCUAAAGUGGUAUGUUACUUCAGCAACUGGGCAGUUUACAGACCCGGGCUAGGAAGAUAUGGCCAAGAAGAUCUCCCAAUUGACCUAUGUACGCACAUAAUCUACUCCUUCAUAGGUGUGGAAGAUAAAGAUUGGAGCGUUCUCGUCAUAGAUCCGGAGCUCGAUCUUGACAUGAAUGGUUUCAAAAACUUCACUGAUCUGAAGAAGAGCCACCCAAAAGUUAAAUUCAUGGUAGCAGUAGGAGGAUGGGCAGAGGGUGGUUCUAAAUAUUCCGCGAUGGUGGCUGAAAAGUCACGAAGGGACAUCUUCAUCAGGAAUGUUGUCGAUUUCAUGAAGAAAUACAACUUCGACGGUUUCGAUCUGGACUGGGAAUAUCCAGGAGCCGCUGAUAGGGGAGGUAGUUUUUCCGACAAAGACAAAUUUUUCUAUUUCGUUGAAGAGUUGAGACGGGCUUUCAAUAAGGAAGGCAGAGGUUGGGAAAUCACCAUGGCCGUUCCUGUCGCCAAAUUCAGAUUGAAUGAAGGAUACCACGUACCAGAACUAUGCGAACUUGUCGAUGCUAUACACGCCAUGACUUAUGAUCUCAGAGGAAACUGGGCAGGUUUUGCAGAUACCCACAGUCCCCUUUACAAAAGACCACACGAUCAGUGGGCAUACGAAACACUUAACGUGAACGAUGGACUCCAAUUAUGGGUAAACUAUGGUUGUUCGCCUAAGAAGCUCGUUGUAGGUGUUCCCCUGUAUGGAAGAAGUUUCACCCUCAGCAACAGCAACAACAAUUAUAACUUGGGAACCUACAUCAAUAAAGAAGCUGGAGGUGGUAAUCCAGGACCUUAUACAAACGCAUCAGGCACCUUGGCUUAUUACGAAAUAUGUACUAUGAUCAAGGACAAGUCGGAAGGAUGGACUAGGAAAUGGGAUGAAUUUGGUAAAGUUCCAUAUGCCUAUAAAGGAAACCAAUGGGUUGGAUAUGAGGACCCCGAAAGUGUAAAGAUAAAAAUGGACUUCAUCAGAGCAAAGGGUUAUGGGGGUGCUAUGGUAUGGGCGAUUGAUAUGGACGAUUUCCACGGACUUUGUGGUCCGAAAAACGAACUGAUGACCAUUCUUGCGGAGAGCAUGAUGUCGUACGUAGUACCAGAACCGACGGUUACUACAACUCCUAGGGCCGAGUGGGCUAGACCACCAAGCACACCAUCUGCUGAUGGUUCAGGUCCAGUGGUAACUGUCACAAAACCAGGCCAGUGGAACCCUUCACAAACUCAAACCACAACCACAUACAAACCUAGCUCAUCUAGGCCAUCCACCUCGCAUCAAACUACUUCCCCCAAACCGACAACUUCAAAACCGGUAUAUUCUCCCUCUAAUGAUAUAGAUGGGGGAUGUACCGACGAUUUUCUACCUCACAUCGAUUGUUCUAAGUACUAUCGAUGUGUUCACGGUAAGAAAAUGCAAUUCGAUUGCAAACCAGGCACUGUGUAUCAUACAGUGAGUCAUAUCUGUGAUUGGCCUGCAAACGCUGAUAGAGACGAAUGCAGGAAAGUAUAAUUUUUUUCGUACUGAUUCUUUUUAUUUAUUAUAAUAUAGUUACUCAACUGCACUGCGUAUAACAGUUUGAAUGUAUUUUACGUGAUCGAAAUAUAAUUUAUUGAAUCA